AUGAAUUAUUAUUAAGGUUACCAAAACCUAGAUUAAGAUGUUGAUGUAAUGCAAACUAGUUAAUCAACAAAUCCUAAUUAACAAUUAGAAAAAAUGGAAUAAAUAAAAAAAUAAAUCAAAGAAAACCCUCACAUAAACAUUGCUUAAAUAAUCUCUUUUUAAUAUAAUAACUAAAUUAAUAUGAUAGAAUCAUAAAACGAAGUCUGUGAUUUCACUUUGGCAGAUUAUUUUAAAAUAAGAUAAAGUUAAUGGUUUCAAAAGGAUGAAAUUGUUAAUAUAAUUAGUUAAAUAGUUUCAGGAUAUAUGCAUUUGAAAUAAUUAAAAAUAACUCAUAGAGAUUUAAAUCCUAGUAUUUUAUUGGUCAAAAGCCUUUAAGGAAAUACUUAAAUAAUAAUUAAGGUUUUUAGAUAUUAAUAAAAUUUAGAUCUCGGAUUUUGGAGUAGCAUCUUAUCAAGAAUCAAAAAUGUAUGAACCAAUGGGAACUCCAUAUUAUUAAGCUCCUGAGAUGAAAGCAAAUUAUGCAUAUGAUGAUAAAUGCGAUAUUUAUUCUGUAAUAUUUAUUAAUAGAUUUAGUUAGGAUUAAUUAUAUUCUAAAUGUGUUUCUAGAAUUAGUAUCAUAUCAACCCUGUAACAAUGUAAGAACUUUAACAUUUUAAUUAAUAUAUCAAAAAUAAUAAAUUUUAAAUUUAGAAUGCUUAAAUUGAUCCUACCUUAAAACAUUUAAUAGAAAGAAUGAUAGUAUAUAAUCCAAAGGAAAGAAUUAGUUGGGAAGAAUUGGCUAGUAUGCCAUUAUUAAAACCACGUUUUUUAGUUGUCUAUAAUUAUUCAAAAACAAAAUAAUAUUAUAUAGAUUUUUAAAAAUCAUUAGGUUAAGGAUCCUAAGGAACAACUUUUCUAACUUAUGAUUUAUUUAAUCCAUCUAUUUAAUAUUGUACUAAACAAAUUGAUAAGAAUAAUAUUGAAGGUCAAAGGGAAAUAGAUGCUUAUAAUUUAAUAAAAAUUGAUCAAAAUUGUGAAAAUAUCAUCAAAAUUGAAGAGAUUUGUUAUAAUUAAUAAUAUGCAUAUUUAGUAAUGGAAAAAUGCGAUAUGGAUAUUGAACAAUAUCUUUAAUAGAAACAAUUUAAUUUAUCUGAAGAGGAAGUUUUGGACAUUUUUUAAUAGAUUGUUACAGGCUAUCUUAAAAUUAUGAGUUUCAAACUUAUUCAUAGAGAUUUAAAACCAUAAAAUAUUUUAGUUAAAUUGAUUGAUUAAACUUAAAGACCAAUUUUCAAAGUAAUUAUUUUAUUAAUAACUAAGAUAAUUGACUUUGGAGUAGGAAAGGUGCUUACUUAAAAUUUAACUACUACAUAAGCAGGAACACCUAUAUAUACGGCUCCUGAAAUCUUUUUUCAUAAUGGACAUAAUAAUUAAUGUGAUAUAUUUUCAGUAUUAAUUUUUUAUAACACUAGUUAGGAGUAAUGAUGUAUUAUUUAGUUUAUGGUAAAAAUUAUUUUGAGUAUCAGCCAAAAUCUAAAGAAGAAUUAUUUAAAAUUCUGUAGAAUCUUCAAACUCGUCCUGUAUCUUGUAAACCAUAUAAAUCUGUAAAUAUUUUAAUUAAUAAAAGUUUUCCAGCAAUCUAUUAAAAUUAAUCGAGUAGAUGUUAAUCUAUGAUUAAGAAAAAAGAAUUGAUUGGUUGACAUUAGAUUAAUAAAUAACAGAGAUAAUAAGAGGUCCAAAUAAAUGCAAUAUUCAGCUUGAAACUUAAAAAAAAAAGCCUAAUAUUAGAAUUGUAUCCAUUGAUAAUUAGUAUUAAGAUACAUCAGCAUAGUUAUAAGUAAUAUAAUUACGUGAGUCAUAAUAUUAAUAAUAACCACAAUAAUAAUACUAAUAAUAAUAACAAUAAUAAAAAAUAAUAUAAUAAUAAUAACCAUACUUGGAAUAAUAAGAAUACUAGUUUUAAUAAUAACCAUAAUAUUAAUAAUAAGAGUAACCAUAAUAUAAAUAAUAUGAGUAAAAAUAAUAUUAAUAAUAAUAAUAACCAUAAUAUUAAUAAUAACAUUACUCGUCAUUAUCACAGUCGUAAUACAAAUAAUAGUAAGAGCCAUAAUAAUAACCAUUAUCAUAAUCAUUUUAUAAAUAAUAACCAUAAUAAUAAUAACCAUAAUAAUAAUACUCAUAAUAAUAAUACUCAUAAUAAUAAUACUCAUAAUAAUAAUACUCAUAAUAAUAAUAACCAUAAUAAUAAUAACCAUAAUAAUAAUACUCAUAAUAAUAAUACUCAUAAUAAUAAUACUCAUAAUAAUAAUACUCAUAAUAAUAAUAACCAUAAUAAUAAUAACCAUAAUAAUAAUACUCAUAAUAAUAAUACUCAUAAUAAUAAUACUCAUAAUAAUAAUACUCAUAAUAAUAAUAACCAUAAUAAUAAUAACCAUAAUAAUAAUACUCAUAAUAAUAAUACUCAUAAUAAUAAUACUCAUAAUAAUAAUACUCAUAAUAAUAAUAACCAUAAUAAUAAUAACCAUAAUAAUAAUACUCAUAAUAAUAAUACUCAUAAUAAUAAUACUCAUAAUAAUAAUACUCAUAAUAAUAAUAACCAUAAUAAUAAUAACCAUAAUAAUAAUACUCAUAAUAAUAAUACUCAUAAUAAUAAUACUCAUAAUAAUAAUACUCAUAAUAAUAAUAACCAUAAUAAUAAUAACCAUAAUAAUAAUACUCAUAAUAAUAAUACUCAUAAUAAUAAUACUCAUAAUAAUAAUACUCAUAAUAAUAAUAACCAUAAUAAUAAUAACCAUAAUAAUAAUACUCAUAAUAAUAAUACUCAUAAUAAUAAUACUCAUAAUAAUAAUACUCAUAAUAAUAAUAACCAUAAUAAUAAUAACCAUAAUAAUAAUACUCAUAAUAAUAAUAACCAUAAUAAUAAUAACCAUAAUAUUCUAAAUAAUUAUAAUAAUAAUCUGAAGGAUAUGAUAUCAGUUCCUAAUAAAUUUCACAUAGAUUAGUUAAUAACGAAUAAGAAUAAUAAUAAUAAUAAUUUUAAAAUUCCUCUAAUCAGUAAUAUUAACCUGAAAAUAAAACUAGUAAGCCUCGCAUUAUAAUUAAAUAAGAAACAGUUUAAAAUAACAUAAUAUAAUAACCAUAAUAAUCCUCAGAUGGAUUUGUUGCAUAAUAAUAAAAUUUUCCAAAAGCCAAUAGUUAACAAUAAGUUAUUGAUCCUUCAAUUCCUCAAUAAUCAUUUUAAAUUAAUUCUUAAUACCCUAUAAAGGAAAAUUUAUAAAACUCUUUUCCACGAUAAUUCAACAUCAUUGUUAAUAAUAAUGUAAACUAACCUCAGAAUCCUAUGUUUCCAUAGUCUAAUCCAAUAACAAAUCCCUAAUGUUAAAAAUAGGCCUAAUCAUCGAAUAGUAAACCAUAAACAAUGAGUUUUUGUUAAGAUCAAGCUUAUAAUAAUUAGUAAUAAAAAGAUACUUAAUCAAAUACAACUAUUCCAUUAAAUGAUUAAAAGAUCUCAUAACCAAUAAGUGAUUUAAAAUAACCAACAUGGCAAUAAAAAGAAUUUAAACCCCCAUUUCUAUAAAAUGAUCAAAAAAGUAUGUUUCCAUCAAAUAGUUCAUAACAAUUAUAAAUUUCUAAAGUACCUUCUCUUAAUUAAUGUUAAUAAAUCUAAUCAGAUAUUAAGGAUAAUGUAUAAAAAUUUAUAAAACCUUCAUCAAGUUAAAUUUAAGAAAUAGGUUUAUAAUAAAACAAUUUUAAUAAUAUGGUGAUUCCUUAACAAAAAAUACCAAACUAAAAUUUAGCGCCAAAUAAUUUUAUGUAGCCUUAAAAUCUAAAUGACCCCAAGUAGAGAAAUACAAUUUAAGUUGUGGAUAUCAAUUAAAAAUCUUAAUGGAACAUAUCUCCAUAAUAAUAAUAAUUUCUUAAUUAAGAAAUUAAUAUAACCUAAAAAAACUUUUAAGAUUUUAUUAAAAAUGCAUUUACGGUUUAUAAUAAUUAAAUUAAUUAUUUAAGCAGUCAACCAGCAUAUUUAGGGUUUUAUUUAUGUAUUUUAUUUUUCUACUAAGAUAUAAUUAAAUAAGAAAAAAAUUAAAAAGGUUUCUAUAUAAAUGCAGAUAUAGAAAAAAAAGUAUAAAAAGAUUAUGAAAAGGUAUUAAAUUUAAUUUAAAUUGUUGAUAAGAAGAAUGGGAGAUUAUAAGAUUUGAAAUUUUUAGUAGAAUAAGAAAUUUAGACCCUAAAUUAAGCAAGAAUUUUAAUAAUAUAUUAAUAAUAUUAUGAAAAAAACAUGGAUAUUUUAUCUGAUUAUGAUAAAAAUAAUCAAAUUUAUACAUAGUUGAAUAGAACAAUUUCUAAAAUGCAUGAAUUAAUAAAAGAAAUCAUUGGUAAAUCCUAAAUUCAUUUAAAAGACUGA